UGCACGCCCUCUCUCCCACCUCCCGGGCCUCCCAGGCUCCGCUCAUUGGGCAGGGAGAACGCCCCUCCUGCGUUUGUACGUGCGCCGGGUGGAAACCGGACCUGGAGUCGUUGGCGUUCCGGGCUGGGAAGGGCCGCGGGGGACGUGAGAAGGCCGCGCGCCUGCCGCUCCCCCCCACCCCCGCGCCAUCCCCCUCCCCCUGCCUCGGCCCCGAAGGGGGCUGCACGGGCGACUUGGCGGCGAUGGCUCGAGCUCGGGCGGCGACGACGGUGGCCGGAGGCGGCGGCUCCUCCUCCUCCUCCUGGGCUUGGGCCCGGCGGUGAUCCGAGCUGGCGGCCGCGGCCCCCCGAUGAGACUGUUGGCGGGCUGGCUGUGCCUGAGCCUGGCGUCCGUGUGGCUGGCGCGGAGGAUGUGGACGCUGCGGAGCCCGCUCUCCCGCUCCCUGUACGUGAACAUGACGAGCGGCCCCGGCGGGCCAGCGGCGGCCGCGGGCGGCGGGAAGGACACGCACCAGUGGUAUGUGUGCAACAGAGAGAAAUUAUGCGAAUCACUUCAGUCUGUCUUUGUUCAGAGUUAUCUUGACCAAGGAACACAGAUCUUCUUAAACAACAGCAUUGAGAAAUCUGGCUGGCUAUUUAUCCAACUCUAUCAUUCUUUUGUAUCAUCUGUUUUUAGCCUGUUUAUGUCUAGAACAUCUAUUAAUGGGUUGCUAGGAAGAGGCUCCAUGUUUGUGUUCUCACCAGAUCAGUUUCAGAGACUGCUUAAAAUUAAUCCGGACUGGAAAACCCAUAGACUUCUUGAUUUAGGUGCUGGAGAUGGAGAAGUCACGAAAAUCAUGAGCCCUCAUUUUGAAGAAAUUUAUGCCACUGAGCUUUCUGAAACAAUGAUCUGGCAGCUCCAGAAGAAGAAAUACAGAGUGCUUGGUAUAAAUGAAUGGCAGAAUACAGGGUUCCAGUAUGAUGUCAUCAGCUGCUUAAAUCUGCUGGAUCGCUGUGAUCAGCCCCUGACGUUGUUAAAAGAUAUCAGAAGUGUCUUGGAGCCCACCCAAGGCAGGGUCAUCCUGGCAUUGGUUUUACCCUUUCAUCCCUAUGUGGAAAACGUAGGUGGCAAGUGGGAGAAACCAUCAGAAAUUCUGGAAAUCAAGGGACAGAAUUGGGAAGAGCAAGUGAAUAGCCUGCCUGAGGUGUUCAGGAAAGCUGGCUUUGUCGUCGAAGCUUUCACUAGACUGCCAUACCUGUGUGAAGGCGACAUGUACAAUGACUACUAUGUUCUGGACGACGCUGUCUUUGUUCUCAGACCAGUAUAAACAUGUGGAGGCCCAAGUCCUCAGAGUCACCCCUGGAAUCUGCCCUCCAGAAGAGGAGAUGCAUCCAGUGAUGUGAGGGGGACCUCUGGGGACUGUCAUUCUCAGUAUCAUGUAGGAAUUUAAAAAGCCAAAAUACUAAUUCUUUCUUUGUAGUGUGUAAGGGAGUGUUUUUAAAAACAAAACCCAACUCUUUGUGUAUUUUUAAUCAACUCUUUACUCAGAAUCACGCUCCAAUGCAGGUCACUCUCCAAUUAUGAUGGAAGAUAUUUUUUAUACUUAAUUGCUGUAGGGACUCAUUCCCAGACAAAGCAAUAGUCAUGAUGUCAUGGAACCGAUAAAUGGAUUGUUUUUAAUAAAUGAAGACUGGCAAUAAAGCUGUCCAUUCAAUUCCAAAUAUUGGUUAUAAAGUAGAACCAUUGAUAACUUUCAUGUUUAGAAACUCCUUCUCUUACUAUUCAAAAAAUGUUUUUAAUCAUGCUAAUAAACGUUUUUGGAGAUGA